CCUUCCGAUUUCCUUUUCCCCUCUUGAGCAUUCCCCAACGCCGCCUCCAUGCCAAACAAGUACGAACUCAAAAGGGUGUUCGACCAAUUCGACGCCAAUAAGGACGGACACAUCUCCAUAGCGGAGCUCCGCGACGUGUUGAAGGCAAUGGGAUCCAACUACUCGGAGGAUGAGCUCAAGCGCGUCAUGGAAGACGUCGACAGCGACAAAGACGGACACAUCAACUUCGAAGAGUUCGCCUCCUUCUGGUCCUCUUCCGACGACGGAAACGCCGCUUCCGAGCUGAAAGAGGCGUUCGAUUUGUACGAUCAGAACAAGAACGGCCUGAUCUCUGUCACCGAGCUGCAUCAGGUUUUGAACCGCCUGGGGAUGACGUGCUCGGUCGACGAUUGUGUUGGGAUGAUCAAGUCCGUUGAUACGGAUUCCGACGGUAAUGUCAAUUUCGAGGAGUUUAAGAAGAUGAUGAGUGCCUCGUCGGCGUCGACCUAAGCCGUAGGAUUCGAAGCCUUUCUCGGCCGGUGAUUGAUUGGUCCAAACAACGUGGAUCAAAGGUAGCGUUCUUAGAGAUUUCCAUAGCUUGUUUUCAUAUAUAAAUCCUUCGCCAUACGUAAUUUGCAGGACUAGACUUUCUUGUUUGGUUCUUAGCUUCAUCGAAUUAAAUGAAAAUGUCUUUGAUUCCAUUGCCCAGA